CGGAAUUCUUGUAAAGGCAAAAAGCUUUCUCCAGAUUCUCGAGCUCUCUUAGGACAAAGUCUUGUUGUGUCUUUGAUAUCAAAACUUGUCCUUCUUCGCAGAUUUCUUAUUUGAAGCAGAAGGAUGAAGAGAAUAUUCGGUGCGAAGAACAACAAAGAGCCUCCUCCCUCCAUCCAGGAUGCCUCCGAUCGGAUCAAUAAAAGAGGAGAAUCGGUGGAAGAUAAGGUUAAGAGACUGGACGCUGAGCUCUGCAAAUACAAAGACCAGAUCAAGAGGACCAGACCUGGUCCCGCUCAGGAAGCUAUCAAAGCUCGUGCUAUGCGAGUUCUCAAGCAAAAGAAAAUGUAUGAAGGACAACGUGACAUGCUGUACAAUCAGACUUUCAACCUUGAUCAAGUUUCUUUUGCUGCUGAAGGCCUCAAAGAUGCUCAACAAACUAUGACAGCGUUGAAAUCUGCUAACAAGGAGUUGAAAGGAAUGAUGAAAACCGUCAAGAUUCAAGAUAUUGAUAAUUUACAAGAUGAGAUGAUGGACUUGAUGGAUGUGAGCUCUGAAAUUCAAGAUUCACUUGGUAGGAGCUACAAUGUUCCUGAUGACAUUGAUGAAGAUGACCUCAUGGGGGAGCUGGAUGCUCUUGAAGCUGACAUGGGAAACGAGACUGAAGCAGACGGUGUGCCUUCCUAUCUCCAACCCGAUACUGAACCUGAUCUCGAUGAGGGACUUGACUUGCCUCCACCACCGACGGGGAGGACACAAACAACAGGAGCUCAGCCUGGACGAGCUCAGGCUGAGGAUGAAUGGGGUUUACCUGCUGUACCACGUGCAUCACUUCGGGGUUAAACCAAACGUUUUCACACACUUGUGUUUGUCUGCAUUCAAAGAUUCAUCUCCAAGCGAUUUCACUUGUGAAAGUCUACUAACAUUUUUAUAAUUCCCUUUCUCAAUGUAAUCAUACAUUCAUCAGAUUGAUAGCUUCUAGAAUCAAAUGGACUGAUCUUUCCAUGGCAAA